AUGACUUUCACUCAGAUCUACGCCCCACCAGACUCCAGUGGAAGAACUCUGGAAGAUUACACGAAUUUUCUUGAAGAUGUUAGUCAAUCGACGAGAAGAAGAAGUUUUGAAGUGUUUAUGGGAGAUUGGAAUGCUACAAUGGGAGAAGAAACGGAAGACAGGAACAUUGGCCGGUAUGGGUAUGGUUUAUGGAAUGAAAGAGGCGAGUCGCUCCAUGAGUUUUGUGUAGAAAGACGGCUGGAUCCGUUAAACAACUUCUACAAGAGAAGAAGUGGACGGAGAUGGACUCACAUGGGUCCAAAUGGAGUCAGGAGGAACAUAGACUGGAUUCUGGGAACAAAAUCAGCUAGAAGAAUCAUUACCAGACUGGAAACCCUAAACUUCACACCGUCUGACCACAAAAUGUUGAGAAUCAAGCUGAGGAUCAACAUCAGUAGAAGAAACUUCAAGCCAAGAACGAUGGCCAGUUUUGUAGUAAAACGGAAUGUGGUUGAAAGUCUACUUCGAAUAAACCCACCUGAAGGAAACUGGACAGAUGUGGCGUUGAAGCUAAGAGAAGUAACAGCGGCUACAAAAGUGGAAGAAAAAGAGAGGGAAGAUUCAGAAGGCCAAGUGAUCAGAGAAGCCAGACUCAGAAGAAGAAUGAUUAAGGAGAGAUUUAACAGGGGAGAUGAAUCCCUUGAAGCCUUAAAAGAGGCUAGCAAGUCAAUUAGAGAGAUGAUGGAGGCAAAGAUGAGAAGAAGACGGGAGGAAACACUGAUUAGAGCCUUGGAAACAGGAAAGUUGAAGAAAGGAGCCAGAAGCAUGACGAAGAUGGAAGAAGAAGAAGGAAUUAUAGAUGAGGAAGGAAGGGAAGUCUGGUUAGACAAAGAAAAAGCUGAAGUUAUAGCAAAGUAUCUUGGUAUGAUAUACAAAUCGAGAUCGGAGAGAAAGCCAGCUGAGCCAGAAGCUAAAUCAGAAGUUGACGAAGAGUGGAUAACAGAGGAGGAAGUUAGAUGGGCGGCCUCAAAGAUACGGAGCGGAGCAGCAUCUGGACAUGACCUAAUUCACAGUGCAGUUGUGAAGUUUGGAACAGAUGUUAUCGUGAAACAACUCCGAGAUAGCAUCAACAAUAUGUUUAACACCGGAGAAUUCCCGUAA